CCUAUUUCCCAGAAUGCCCGAGCUCCACGUCCGCGCGGUCUCGGCCCGCAACCUCCAUGACGCCCAGACCUUUGGGAAGCAAGACCCGUACUGCAAGGUCACGGUCGGCCACCGCACCUUCAAGACGCGCGUCCACGACAAUGGCGGCCGCAACCCGGUCUGGAACGACAAGUUUGUGUUUGAGGUCGCCGACAUGCAGCUCUCGCAGCUCGUGAUUGAGAUCUGGGACAGCAACUUCACGAGCGACGACUACAUUGGCACGUGCCGCCUCCCCAUGAGCAUCUUUGCGAGUGGUCAAGUCGUUGACCAGUGGUACCCGGUCAACUACCGCAACCAGCAGCGUGGCGAGAUCAACCUCCGCGUUCAAAUGCUCGGGGUCGCCGGUGCCCACGCACCGCCGGCGUACGGCCACCAACAGCCCUACGCUGCGCCACCUCCUGCCUACCAGCAGCCCGCCCAGCCGGCCUACGCGCAGCCCUCGGCGCCCGGGUACCCGAGUGCGCCGCCCGCCUAUGGCCAGCCCCCCGCGUACAACGGCGGGUAUGCUCAGCAACAGCAACAGCAGCAGCAGCAGCAGCAGCAGCAGAUCCACCAGCAGCAACACCAACUUCAGCAGCAGCAGCAAGCGAUGCAGCAGCAGACGAUCCAGCAGCAGCAGAUGCAGCUGCAACAACAGCAAGCCCAGCUCGCGCAGCAGCAGGCACAAAUGGCCGCCCAGGCGUCGCGUCCCAUGUAUGCCCCGCCACCGCCGGUGUACGCUGCACCUCAACCAGUGUACGCUGCCCCGCCCCCGGUGGUGAUGGCCCCGCCGCCGGUCAUUGUUGGCCCGCCGCAGGUCGUCAUGGGGGGCCCGGUGGUGUACGGUGCGCCGGCCCCGGUCAUGUAUGGUGGCGGCUAUGGCUACGGUGGCGGCUACGGCGAUGGCUACGACAAUGGCGGCGGUGUUGUUGCCGGCGCGGCCCUCGGCUUGGCCGGCGGCGUCAUCCUUGGCGCGGCCUUGAGUGACGACGGCGGCUUCUUUGAUUAAGAUCUAGGUAGCAAUGCCUUCUAAGUAAACUACUACUAUAUAUGACUUGGACUACGAGAUA